AUGCCCUCACGUACGAAAGCGCAGUCUGAGGCUAUCAGCCGCGAGGCGCAAGUGUUUAUCGACAAGAUUCCGCGAAUGCCAUGCCCAAAUAUUCUCGCACGCUUUCUGACUGGGCCAAGCACUGUCCCAAAGAUUCGCUCCCGGUGGGCGAAGAUGGAAGACCCGAUCGAGGAAUCCGUGAUCGCUACACAACACCUUGAAUUUGAACACACUGUGAUCGCUGGUGUGCACAUUUUGAUAAUCAACCCUCCUAUCAUCAAGCUGGGGAUGCAAUCGAAAGUUAUGUUGAAUAUCCAUGGAGGGGGUUUCAUCGCAGCCACAGCUAGAGACAGGAGCGCUCUUCUGAUGGCUGGUGAGUAUGGAAUCAAAGUGUAUUCCGUGGAAUAUACGUUGUCACCCGAGGCUCGCUACCCUGUGGCGAGGGACCAAUGUCUUGCCGUCUACAAAGAACUCACGGCAAGCUUCGGCGCUGAGAAUGUUUUUGGCAUGUGCACCUCAGCCGGUGGGCAAAUUAUGCUCUCGCUUUUGGCCUUGGCCCAGCGCCAAAAAUUGCCAAUGAUGGCUGGACUCGUCUUAUAUACACCAGCUGCGGACUUGAGUGCGAGCGGAGAUUCUCCAAUUACGAAUGCGGGAAGGGAUGUCAUGCAUCCUACUAUUGUAGCUGCUAUAGCGAAGAAGAAUUAUAUCGGCAAACACGAUACGAAGAACCCCCUAGUGUCGCCACUCUUUGCCGACUUCGAAGCUGGCUUCCCUCCAUCCGUGAUUACAACAGGGACCCGGGAUGUUUUAUUAAGUGGUAGCCUUAGGUUGAGUUGGAAACUGAGGGACGUCUCGAGUAGGGUCGAGCUACUUGUUGCUGAUGGCAUGUGGCAUGCAUAUCAUUGGGAGCCUGAAAUGCCCGAAGCCAUUCGCACCAGAAAGGAAGUUUACAGAUUUCUGGAUAGCUUGAUUUAA